GUAGCGAGAACCUAGCCCGCGGGGAAGGAGGAGGCAGUAGUGAGAGGUUCUGAAGCCUGCGAGAGAGGAGCGGACAGCUGGUUGGCGCUCGGACCACGCCGCGGCAGCAGGUCCCUCCACGUGCUUUCGGCGGCGCCAUGGAACUGGAGGAGUUGGGGAUCCGUGAGGAAUGUGGCGUGUUCGGAUGCAUCGCUUCUGGAGAGUGGCCCACGCAGCUAGAUGUGCCGCAUGUGAUCACUCUGGGACUCGUGGGGCUGCAGCAUCGGGGUCAGGAGAGUGCUGGUAUUGUGACCAGUGAUGGGAGUUCAGUGCCGACAUUCAAGGUGCAUAAGGGAAUGGGUCUUGUAAAUCAUGUUUUUACUGAAGACAAUUUGAAGAAAUUAUACGUCUCAAACCUUGGAAUCGGUCAUACGCGCUAUGCCACGACCGGAAAGUGCGAGCUGGAAAAUUGUCAGCCGUUUGUUGUGGAAACUCUUCACGGGAAAAUAGCCGUGGCACACAAUGGGGAACUGGUAAAUGCAGCUCGGUUAAGGAAAAAGCUUCUGCGCCAUGGUAUUGGGCUUUCCACAUCCUCUGAUAGUGAAAUGAUUACUCAGUUACUCGCGUAUACCCCGCCUCAGGAACGAGACGAUACCCCAGACUGGGUAGCAAGAAUCAAGAACUUAAUGAAGGAAGCGCCCACGGCGUACUCUCUGCUUAUAAUGCACAGGGAUGUCAUUUAUGCAGUGAGGGAUCCGUACGGAAAUCGCCCUCUGUGCAUUGGUCGUCUUAUUCCAGUUUCUGAUAUAAAUGACAAAGAGAAAAAGUCUUCAGAAACUGAAGGAUGGGUGGUGUCUUCAGAAUCUUGCAGCUUUUUAUCUAUUGGUGCAAGGUCUCACACUAACUCAGGCCACCCUGGAGCCCAUGAGAGCUGGGAAUGCAGAUAUUGCCAAGAGGUCAAGCCUGGAGAAAUUGUAGAAAUAUCCAGACAUGGUAUCAAAACUCUUGAUAUAAUUCCAAGGUCUGAAGGAGACCCAGUGGCUUUUUGUAUCUUUGAAUAUGUUUAUUUUGCAAGACCAGAUAGUAUAUUUGAAGACCAAAUGGUCUAUACAGUAAGAUACCGCUGUGGCCAGCAGCUGGCGAUCGAAGCGCCCGUGGAGGCGGACUUGGUGAGCACGGUUCCAGAAUCGGCUACGCCUGCAGCUCUUGGCUACGCAGCAAAGUGUGGACUGCCAUAUGUGGAGGUGCUGUGUAAAAACCGAUAUGUAGGAAGAACCUUCAUUCAGCCAAACAUGAGGUUAAGACAACUUGGUGUGGCAAAAAAAUUUGGUGUGUUGUCUGACAACUUUAUAGGCAAAAGAAUUGUUCUCAUCGACGAUUCAAUUGUGAGAGGCAAUACUAUCUCGCCCAUCAUAAAACUCCUCAAAGAAUCCGGGGCAAAAGAGGUGCACAUUCGAGUCGCUUCACCACCAAUAAAAUACCCUUGCUUCAUGGGAAUCAACAUACCCACAAAGGAAGAGCUGAUAGCCAACAAGCCAGAAUUUGAACGUCUUGCAGAAUACCUCGGAGCCAACAGUGUUAUAUACCUGUCAGUGGAAGGACUGGUUUCAUCUGUGCAACAAGAGAUAAAAUGCAAGAAGCAGAAAGUGAAAAAACAUGACAUUACAAUUCAAGCAAAUGGAAAUGGUCUGGAAUGUUUUGAGAAGACGGGACACUGUACGGCUUGCCUCACUGGGCAGUACCCUGUGGACCUGGAAUGGUAGCUGCCUGGACUGAGUUCCUUGAGACUGAAAGUGAUGGAGAAGUGGUUUACAUACUAUCUGUUACUCAAUUGUUACAAUAUAAGUAGAUGCCACAUGCUUAUGUAUUAUACCUUCAUAAGCUUUGAGGAUUUCUGAGGUUACUAAAUUGCUAUAAUUAAACCAUGUUGAUUACAUGUGAUACAACAUGUAGGGAUUCUUUUUAUACAAGAAUUGGCUUUUCACCUAGGAGAAGGCAGGAGGUUACUGGUAUUUCCCAGACCUGUGCUUGAAGGGUUUUUAAGAGGUUAGGUUAGAUUAAGGAUCUGUAAUGCACACAGGACAUGGGCCUUUAUGUUUCAUGAAAAAUUUCAAUUCAUUGUGCUCCAUAGGGAUCUAAUCUGUACAGUCAAACCUGUAGUUAUGGCCUAGCUCUUAGAUUCCCCUCCAACCCCAACACACACACACACACACACACACACACAAACUUGUGGUUCUGGGGACCAAUGGAAAACUUCAAAAAAAAAGCUACUUGGGAAGCUGAGACACGGAUUCUUGAGUUCAAGGCCAAUCUGGGCUUUCUACCUCAAGAUAAAAAGUGUCUUUCUAGCUGGGCAGUAGUGGUGCACGCAAUUAAUCCCAGCACUCGGGAGGCAGAGCCAAGCAGAUCUCUGAUCUCUAUGAGUUCGAGGCCAGCCUGGUCUACAGAGCGAGAUCCAGAAUAGGCACCAAAACUACACAAAGAAACCCUGUCUCAAAACCAAAAAAAAAAAAAAAGUGUCUUCUGUGCCUCAGAGCCCUCAUUUAUUUAAUGUCAUUCAUGCAUCUAGUACACAGUAGGAAUACGAAUACAUGUUUAGAACUAUCAUUUUACCGCUACAUUUUAACAGCGCGUGGUCAUCAGCUUUUGCUAAAUUAGUUUGCAGUUUCAUUAUGAUGGAGGGAAGUGUACAGGUUUGCAGACCUUUGCCACCUCUCUUUGGAAUGCACCAGAAUGACUGACAAAUAUAUCUGAAGCCUUUUUUUGUUCCUACACUUGACUAGAAGAUGUGAUCGAUGAUAUUUAGUGUCUUAACAAUACAAGCCUAGCAAAUAACUUAGUACAUUGGAAAGAAAACAAAAAAUUUUAAUUCCAAGUAAGCCUUUAUCCUUCAUUUGAUUAGACUUGGCUGUUUGAAUUGAGUGUUUGAUUUUUGCAGCCAUGCAUACUCAUACAUAUAUACAUAUGAUUGAAAUUGAGCAAAUGGAAACAUAGUACGGGCCGAUUUGGUUUAAUGGCUAAGGAGACAGCUACUGUUUUGGGAAUUCGAUUGCCUGUACCCAGGUGUCAGCUCAUAAACAUGUCUUUUCUACUUUGUUUUGUUAGGUCUAGUGAGUGAGUGUUUUUAAGUUUUUUUCAGGAUGCAGACUUAGAGGAUCGAGGUGAUUUGCUUACUAACUCCUGUUAGUUUAAGAUUUUUCACAUGUAGAAAUAAUUAUUUCUAUAUUAUUGCCAAAAUUUGCUGUAUAGUUUCCAAACCCAUUUAGAAAUAUAGUAUUUAUUAAUAACUGAAAUUGUUAGUCUGCAUUUGGGAUAUAGUCUCGUGUUACGUAAUGGCAGGUCAAGAUAAGAUGGUAGUUCUUUAAGGUCAUGUGCUACAGUGGCUGAAGUGAUCCUGUGAUAAAGGCAGGCAGAUUGGCAUGUAACAGCCCUGGGGCCAUUUCAGUGGGUGUAGCCUCUUACGGUAAACUCAUUACCCAUGGCAGCAUGGACGGUAAGCCUUUAGGUCAGUUUUAAAAUGGCCUUAUUUAAAUUUGAUGUUUUAAAAAGAAACUCAGGGAAGGUACUAAAACCAAAUCUCUAAUUUGACUUUUGUGUUUUCCAUAGUUUUUAUUUUGUUUUAUUGGGAUACUUUUAUAAAGGGAAAAUAAUGUCCUGAUCCUUUGAUAAUUGUACAACUUUUCGUAAUUAUUUCUUCAUCAUGACUUUUUAUUUCACAAGUUUCUGAAUAUGAAUUAAAUUAACAUUUUUUUACUAGUUUCAAGCCUUCUUUUAUCUGCUUUAAAUGUAUAUAACCAGAGUACUAUAUGCUGAAAAAAUAUGAAAAAUGUGUUUGAACACAGUUAACGUCACAAACUGUAAUGUAAGCCUAUUUUUUGUUACCUUUUUGUGAUUUUUUUGUGACAAAUAUAUGUAAUAAAUGUG